AUGAACUGGGCCAAUCCUCGAGGUAAUGCAAUACGAGGCCGACCCGUGGACGGGGUCGAGCAAGCUCAUAGCACCCGUCCUGGUUGGAAAAAUACAGGUAAUUUCAUUGGCCCCAAAUUAGGGACCGUUGCAGAAAUUACACUGCAAAGAACAGAUACUACACAUGAUCUUAGCUCAGAGAGCCGAGAAGCGAUAACGAGGCGCCGCACCAAGCCUAACCCACUUCCACACCUACACUUGCCUCUCCCACCCACACCUUCACUCACAAUCCUCACAACCACCUCACAGACCCAUCAUUCACCCGCCAACCCUCACUCCACACCACCUUCGCCUACCGAUCCAACCCACUCCAGCUCAUUGCCCAACCGCUUCGCGCUCUUCCCCUCGCUCUCCCUCCCAUUCCAUCACCCCGCACACACUACUCACGCCUCUCUUUAG